AUGAAUUUACUUCGGGAAUAUGAACGCAAUUUUGAUUAUAUUAAAGCUAGUAAGUGGAUGGCGGAUAACUGGCACAUCUCAAUCUACCUGUCCAUCGCAUAUUCUCAAAUGCAAAACAGGAGAGCAUUUGAAAUAAACAAACUAUUAUUUGUAUGGAAUUUAUUAUUGUCUAUAUUCUCAACCAUGGGGUCAAUCAGAGCCAUUGAAGAAGUUGGUUAUGUGAUGAGAAAUCACGGUAUUAUAGCUUCGGUGUGUUAUCAAAACAAUUAUACAGCCGGCGUUGGACUUUGGGCCAUCCUAUUUGCAUUGUCUAAAGUACCGGAAUUAUUUGACACAAUAUUUUUGGUGUUGCGAAAAAAGCCGGUCAUAUUUCUGCACUGGUACCAUCAUAUGACCGUGCUCAUGUUAUGCUGGUACGCGUACACACAAAAUUCCAGCACCAAAAAAUGGUUCGGCCUGGUUAACUACUCUAUACACUCGUUUAUGUACGCUUAUUAUGCCGUUCAGUCCAUAGGCCUGAGAGUGCCCUCAACACUGUCUAAAGCUAUAACAAUGGCACAGAUAUUUCAAAUGGUUUUCGGAUAUUUUGAUAAUGAUUGUGGUGUUAGCUAUCAAUUCAUAGGCGCUUCCCUUGCUUUGUAUGCAACAUUAUUUUAUUUGUUUUAUUUAUUCUAUACGAAUCGAUACAAUAAGAGAAAAAUUAAUAAACAAGGAUAA